GUCCGGCAGGACCCGGUCCCCAGCAUGGCGGCGCCCAGCGAAGUGGCCGCGGCAGUCCUCGGUGAAGGCGAUGGCGGGGGUUUUGGAUCCUGGCUUGACGGACGUUUGGAGGCGUUGGGAGUGGACCAAGCCGUUUACCGCGCUUACAUCCUUGGCGUCCUACAGGAGGAGGAGGAAGAAGAGAAGCUGGACGCCCUGCAGGGUAUCCUCUCUGCUUUUCUGGAAGAAGAUUCCCUCCUUGAUAUCUGUAAGGAAAUUGUGGAACGAUGGUCAGAAACAAGGGAUGUCACCACCAAAGUAAAAAAAGAAGAUGAGGUGCAGGCUAUCACCACCUUGAUUGAGAAGCAGGCACAGAUCGUGGUGAAGCCCAGAGUGGUUUCAGAAGAAGAGAAGCAGAGGAAAGCAGCCCUGUUAGCCCAGUAUGCGGAUGUGACGGACGAAGAGGAUGAAGCAGAUGAGAAAGCUGAUCCCGGUGCUUCAACAGCAAACAUCGGUUCUGACAAAAGCCUGUUCCGAAACACCAAUGUGGAAGACGUUCUCAAUGCUCGGAAGUUGGAGCGAGACUCACUUCGGGAUGAGUCCCAAAGGAAGAAGGAGCAGGACAAGCUGCAGAGGGAGAAGGACAAACUAGCCAAGCAGGAACGCAAGGAGAAGGAAAAGAAAAGGACACAGAGAGGGGAACGAAAGCGAUAACCUCGGCCCACUCUGCUCCUUUCACCCAUGAAUUGUUGUGUGUGUAUUUAAGAGAACUGAGACUAAUGUAUUUCCCACAGUUUCCUAAGGCUUCCCCUCUGUUUACAUGUUCAAAAGGAAAAUCGCAAUCACUUGUAAAUGUGCCAUGUUUUGGUGGUGUGGGCAAUCAAUUAUAGUUAGUAUCUUUACCAAAGAUCUGGAAUUAGGGUAACCUUUCUAUUUUAGUACUGAAACCCUGUGCUCUUCUGUCUUUUUUAAAACGGUCUUCCCUCAUUUUGUAUAAUUAGUCAGUUACAGAAAGCUAACAUCCUGAAGGAAACACAACUGUUCCUUCAGUGUUAAAAAAGUACAAAUUGCUUCUGAGGCAUUAUUUGCCCUAAAAUAUAGUGGGCUUUUGUUUUGAGACUGGGUUUCACUCUAUAGCCCAGGCUGGCCUUGAACUUGCCGCUGUGUCCUUGCCUCAGUUUCUCAGCUUCAGGAUUAUGGACAGAAAUCACCAUGCCUGGCAUGUAACUAUUUUUGAGGCUGAAAUAGCUAAUGAAAAGCCCUAUCUAGAUCCAGAUUUUAUAUGACAUCAAAUUAGGGAAGUGGAGGGAAUUAUUUGGGAUGUGUUAGAUCUAAGAAUUUUUCUAAUGUGUCAACUUGGGCUCAGGUUGUAGUUGAGUGCCUGCUUAGCAUAUACAAGGCCCUGGGAUUGAGCCCCAGUAUGGAAGAAAAGACUUAACAAGUAUCUUUUAAAAGAGAGCUAUGUAUUUUUCAUGUAGUCUGUGAUUUUAAAGAUAAUCAUUUUGUUAGAUUUUUUUUUUUUUUUUUUUUUGGUAAUCAUGAGUUCCCUUGCAUCCCCUCUUAAUUUUAAUCUUGAUUUAUCCUACAGGCAUGUCCUUCCUACCUUUUGACAUUUUAAAAACUUGCAAAAAACAAAUCAUGUUUUAAAAGUAUGAUUUUGUGUUCUGCUGAAUUUAUAGCUAUCCUUGACUACGGGUUGGACAUACCUGCAACAUGAGUAGUAAGACCUAGCAAUUCCUGGUUUAGAGAAACUGAAGGAAUUAAUCUUAGAGAAAAACACUGGAAAUCUUGCUAACACAGUACUUAAAAGUAUAUAGUUGGUGGUUAAACUUAUGAGUGAAUGGAAAAACCGGGAGAGUCAAGGGUAAACAGAACUCUCCAAGUCUACUUCUGUCACAGCCACAUCUGGUUGUAAAUAAAGUCCUUCUUUACUUGACUUUGGGCAAUGGGCAUCAAAAGCCUCAAGAGAACAAUUUCUCUGAUAAGAUUAUUUUCUACCAGGGGUCAGAAGACUCCAUUCACAGGCCAAGUUUGGCCCACUCUUUUUUUGUAUGGGGCAAACUAAAAUGGUUUUUUACAUUUUUAAGAGGUUAUAAAAGAAAGACAUUCAUGAUCGAGACCAUAUGUGGCCUAUAAAACCUAGUAUUUGGAGAAAGUUUGUUGACUUUUGUAUCAUUAGCUACCUUUGUGCAGAAGAAAAACAUGGUUAAGGAAAGGAGAUGUGCUGCCUCUUUGUCCUGCAACCAUGGCAUUGCAAAAAUAACCACCUUUUUCUUUUUUUAAAAUAAACUUUAUUUAAGUCAG